AUGGGUUAUGUGCAAAAUAACAUCCUAAAUCAAGACGAUACUAAUUAUCUGAAUUAUGGCGGCAAUCGGAACCGUUAUCAUCAACCGCGGGGUCGUUGGUUCAGAACUAAUAACAACUACGGCUCCAACAAUCUGGGAUAUGCUCAGGGAUAUGAUGGCUAUGGCAAUGAUGGCUACCAGGGAGGUUAUCAAGGG